AGACUUCGAAUUCGUACCUCGCGUGUUCUACAGUGUUCGUUCGAGAGUGAGGUGCGAACCGUGUGGUACGUUCUCGAAUUAACUCGCAUCUAUGAUAAUAGGUGGCGUUGGCGUCUCGGGCAUAUAAAUACAGAGUUGCAGCGGGAAGUCGGUAGUUGUUUACAAAGAAAGUGAACUGUUCAAAUCUGAUAGAGAAUAUUCAAGCAAGUACAUUAAAAAUGUCGAUGAUUCCCUAUUUCUACGACCUCGAAAGACCGUUCCGUAUGAUGGAGAGGGAUUUCUACAGACCCGCGAGUUUCUUUGGCUAUUCUCCAUUCAACCAGAUGAUGUCACGAGACUUCUUCGGUCCAUCGUUCUUGAAGCCAUGGGAAAACAUCAUCAGGCCUAUGGAACAACUCACAUCAUCAAUGAAUCAGCUGGCACUGAACGGAGCGAGCAAAAUAACUUCGGACGACGAGAAAUUUCAAGUGAAUGUCGACGUCCAACAUUUUGCACCGGAGGAAAUAAACGUGAAAGUGGUUGAUGGCCAAGUUCUGAUUGAAGGGAAGCAUGAAGAGAGGCAGGAUGAACAUGGGUUUGUGUCUCGGCAGUUCAUAAGGCGUUAUGCUCUUCCAAAGGGUUGCUUACCUGACACUGUGGAGUCAAAAUUAUCGUCUGAUGGCGUCUUAACAGUUACUGCACCUAAAGUUCUACCCCUCCCUUCUACUGGUGAGAAGAUCGUGCCAAUUACACAAACAGGACCCGUCAAGAAGCAACUUGGAUCACCAGAUCCAAUUAAGGAGGAGUCAUAAACGUGUAAAUAGUGUAAAUAAUAAGUGUUAUUAUUUUUCAUGUAAGACUGAUUUGAAAUCUGUGCUAUAUUCGCCUAUUUUUAAUUGUUUUUAUUUGUUAAUAAACUUAUGAUU